AUGUUUAGCUCUUUUGAGGCUGCCAUGGCAAAAUCCUUGGACAUUCCAAUGGUUGAUUCGGUGGACAGGUUGGCGCCUCCUGACCAUUUGGACGGCAUCAAAAUGGAACAGGACGGACAUUUGAAUAAGAAGUUUCAUAAAGAAGUCUUUCUUGGUGAUUUAGAAGAUUUUGAAGACAUAUCCUACGAGGAACGAAAAUCGAAACUCGAUGAAGUUUUCAAUAAAGCAGAUACAAAUCGGGAUGAAUAUCUGGAACUUUCAGAACUUGAAGCCUGGAUAAUGAAAAAGUUAGAAGAACACUUCUAUGAAGCAGCUGAUGAGAAUGGCAGAAUAUUUGCAAAACUGGACAAAAACAAAGAUGGAUUUCUGGAUUGGGAUGAGUACCUUCGUAUGUAUCUCCUUGCUCGUGGUUAUCAUAAAGAUAAAGUUGAGAAAUAUCUGAAAGGCAUGAAUGCAAAAAUUGAUUCCAGUAAAUCGGAAAUUAAAUUUUCUACAGAUGAUGAGAAAUUUUUCCACGAUGGAGACAAAGAUACCCUGUUGAGAUACAAAGACCGAUGGGAAGAAUCUGAUACAGAAAAAAAGGAUAACAAACUGACCAAAAGUGAAUUCCUGAAAUUCCGUCACCCAGAACACAGAGAUGAUUCUAUGCAAGAAAUGGCAGGAAGUAUUAUUCAUGGAUUAGAUAAAAAUGAUGAUGGGAAUUUGACUGUUGAAGAAUUUAUAGCCUUGCCUCCAGGUAUUUCUUCAGACGUUAAUACCGAAGAAGAAGACUUCAAGUGGCAGAAUGAAAGAAAAAAAGAAUUUACAGAUUCCAUUGACCUCAAUAAGGAUGGCAUUGUUAAUUUGAAUGAACUGAAGGCUUACCUGAAUCCUCGCAACCCAAUCCAAAUAAAGAAUGAAGCGAUGGCCAUUUUAGAAAUGAUAGAUGAUGAUUACAAUGGAAAGUUGUCCAAGGAAGAAGUGAAGAGACAUGAAACAGAAUUUAUCUACAGCAAAAUGGUGGAAACUGCCAGAAACUUCCAUGACGAAUUUUAA